UCGUGUUGUUCGUGCAAUGGGGGUAGGCUUUCGCAGAAGCAUCGUAAUUUUGCUGAUACCCUGCAUGCUAGUUGUUGUGUAGCUAGGGCUAUAGCUAUACUUUGUAUGAGAAAAUGGCUGAUUCAGGUAAGAAGCUCGUACGUAGCAAAAGUGGGCUGCGGAUGGUGAGUGUGGAGGACAGAGAUUCGAGUCCUUUUCAGUUGGAAGAGCCACAUUGGGUGCCGGAUGUCCAGUGUUUGGCGUGUGCCAAAUGUGGUAGCAAAUAUGACCUCGUCAAACGCAGGCAUCACUGUCGGCGUUGUGGCAAGUGUUUCUGUGGUCAGUGCUGUUCUUCUAAGGUGCCCCUGCCUCGUAUGAAUUUUGUGGAUCCAGUCCGAAUGUGUGAAGAAUGUGCCGUCGUCUCCAAGAAGGAGAAUGAAUUCUUUGACAAACAACUCAAGCUUCUCGUAAAUGGGAGCAAUUUCACGUUGAAAAGUAAUGAGCUGGAAAAUGACAAAGCAGAAGCAUUCUGUCACCUAUCUGCUAAUCACAGGAGUCUGUUUUUCAGUGAGGAGAAGCCAGACCGGGAGAACAACCGACCGUCCAAGUGGGUCCACGAUCCAGUCAAUCUGACCAGCAUCCAGGAGGUUAAAAUACAAACGGCUGGUAAUGAGACUAACCAGAGAAAUGCUGUCAUCACCUCCAUGUCCAUCAAGUACAGAUACAUCGAUGAGUCCCGGGAUCUACUGCUCUUUGUGUCAGACGACUAUUCACGGAAGACUGCCUCCUCCUGGAUCAUUGCCAUGCAAAAGGCUAUGAAGAUGCUGCAGCCAACAAUGGAGCUACCCACAUCUUGAUGGUCCUGUCUGGUCCCCAUCUCACAGGAAUGCGGUAGUACACAGUCACACACAGUAGUCAUGCUAUCACAAGUUGGCUCAGAAUCUGUUAUGGUCAUUUUCACCAGGCAGUAUGCUGCAUGAGUAUCCCUACGUAAGGGUCAAAAAGGGAACAUAGAGCUUAGGACAACCCAAAAUUAAACUAUGACAAGCUGUUGUGGUGUGUGAUAUUGAUAUGGAAAAAUGUAUUGUGCUGUUAAUAGUUCUGGAGAUAAAUUGAUGCCAUGGUGAAGUAAAAGUCAGAGAGUUUGUAAUUAUUCCCUGGAGGCUUUUAAAAUCUGAGGUCCAGUUCAGAGCACUUAUCCAACAACUUAGGACCAGUGAGAUAUGCUUAUUACUUUCUUUAAUACAAAGUUUGUCGGAUCAAAUGUUCAAGUUGUAGAUAAAGAUAAUUUUGCCAUCAAAAUUGACAUCAGGCAAACAAAAUCAACUCUGUACACAGUACUUACCUAGCUUUUUCUUGUUUAUAAACACCUUUUCACACUGUUGAACUUGUGUCAACCUUUCCUUUUUUUCUUCCCCAAGUUUAACUCACUGGAGAAGUGGAAAUUACAUCAGGGCUUAUUUCUUGUAGAGUCAAGCACGAGACUGUUUUGUGGAGACCGUAUGAGGACAGUAAAGACCACUCACUUUGUAGACCUGAAGUUUGUUUGAAAUGGCGAAGCAAGCAAAAACUUUUACACGUUUGUGCCAUAAGCACAACUUUCCUGCCAAACAAUUAAAUAGCAUAAUUAAAAUUGGCCCCCUUUAACAAACUUCUUUGGAACUCCUGACAGGUUAAUAAAUAGGUUUAGACGGGAAGGGAAACCCUGUGCAUGUUUGUGCAGUCUACAGAAUGUUUGUUUCUGCACAUUAAAAAGGAAAUUUCCUCAUAACUCAGGCCCUGGAAGUUGUACAUGCCCUGCUGUGUUUGCUACCGAGAUGGAUGAAAACAAGCGCCCCCCCCCCAAAAAAAUGAUUUCUUAUACUUGUAACCAUCUGCACAAGUAGUCCUGAGAAAAUUGGUCCCACUGAGAUUUGAAAAAAAAAAAAUAAACAAUACCUCUUGUAUCUCACACCAUCCUGUUCAGGGUCGUGAUUUGAAUCAACUUCAUGCAACCAUACAUUUUUAAUUUUUAUACACGUGCAUUUCCGUUGAGUCGUGUAGAACCUGUAUAUGUACAUACAUUUGUGUUACUCGGUUGAACAUUUUUUACGUUAACGAAAUGGAGGUGUUGACUGUUAAAGUUCGAGGACAAGGUGGGAAUUUUGAAAGUUGUGACAAUUUGAAAGUCCUCAUCCUGUAUUACAGGACCCUGUACAUACACGUACAUGCGUAUACGUACAUGUACAGUUUACACAGCGUGUUCUUCAGCCCUUUUACUUCUACUGAACUUGUUACCACUUUACUAUUCAGUUAUGUAGAUUCGUAAUGUAAUAUGACUGCGGGAGCACCUGACGGCAGUAGUACCAUCGAACUUGAGGUGUGUAUGCAGUUUGGGAAGUCACAACAUGCUGUUGGUCAACGAGGUCUUCAGCGGGCGCACGCAACCUUUGCACUAGCUUAGCCACAUUGCAAUAAUGGCUUCUAAUUCAGAUUACCAGCUUACUCUGUACAAGUCCCCCUGCAGUUGGCUGAUUUGAGGGGCUUUCUUUUUAUUCUAUUGCCCAAAUUUGACCAAUAUUUGGAACUAAAUAUAAAAGAACCCCUUAAAAUCAGUGUGUAAUCUUUUCCUGUAUACCUAAAAUUUCGGGCAAAAAUGCAAGACCUCACUAUCUCUUGCUAAAAUAUUUGCCGUAGCACAUUGUUUUUUCCUCCCUUUGGGCAAAGUUGACACGCAUUAGAAAAGGUAAAUUGAGUAAGAACUGUCAUAAUCAUUUUUGAGUUCAUUGUUUUUUUCUUUUUUAAAAAUAUCCACAAAGUAUUUUCCCUAUGAGUGAAAGUGAUACUGCAAACUGAGCAAAAUCCUCUAAUUUGGUUGGCAGUUUUGUGAUUGUAUCUUAAGCAAGACAGGAAAAGAUUUGCUACAGUGCUCUUGAUGAAGCCGUCACAGUCAUUAGGCCAGACAAUAGGCUGAAUUUUCCCGCUGCUCUAGGUUGAGAGGGGUGUAUGUUGAAACUUUAUCAUUCUCUUUCUGAGUGUUAAAUUGUUGCCAUGCAGACCUGUGAUUUAAAUGUGCUACUCUUUGACAGAAAUGAAAUCUGGAUUCAAAAAAUUGUUUCUGUUAUUCUUUUAAAAUGAAGUUUAUGUGUUGUUACAUUUUCCAAGAAUAUCAUCGCUUUAAUUUGUAGAAAAUUGAUACACAUACAAAAACAUGUGGUGUUCACUGUUAUCACUGAAAAAAUUGCUACUCUAGUAACGUACAUGUACACUGACAUGUACAUGUAUCUCCAAGCGUCUGUUCGUAAUUUUUGUCUCAUACUAAAGACAAAAUGUAUGUCAAAAUUCAGUGAUGUAUAUAUACAUGUAGGUUCGGCAUGUCUGCAGUAUUAUAAUGCAGAUAAUGUGUGUAUACAUGCACAUGUUUAACCAAGCAAAAAUGAGGUCAUAAUAUGUGCUACUUGUAUUUUGCUUUUAUCACUGUUGGAGAGUUGGUAGGUUGCAAGGUGUUUGUACCUGGAGGGGCAUUACGCAAGUCAUUACUGCAGUUUCAGAGAUGAGUACAAAGAUCACCACGGUGAUGUUGAUUUAUAGUUAAGUUUUUUUCAUUACUUUUUGAUGUGAUUGUCUACAACUACCAGUUUUGAUGCUUGAGCCUUUUUUCACCGGGACAUGUGGUGUCCACGUAGGCAGAGAUGUAUUCUUUCACAGACCAGCAAGUCAGAAGGCACAGAAAACUAUCAAUGUUUAAAUUCAAAGGCUGUUUUUAGUAACUGCCACUGUUGAGACAAAUUCUCAUUGGCUCAUUCUUGAUAGCUGACCAAAGCUAGGUUGUUUGUGCAUUUUUACAACACGUGAGCAAAAUGUUCUCAUGCGAUAGCAUGCAAAAGAUAAACUUGACAGUAAACACUGUCAAGUUUACUUGCUUUAGUUGUCACACACUAGCCCAUGUACAUGUACACGUUAUCUGCCUUAUGUUAGACAGUUUGAUUGAUGCUUAUCCUAGACUGCAUUCUUAUGUAUCUACAUGCCUAUUUUUGGCAAAACAGGCCAUCACAGAGAUGUUACAAGAACUGGAUCUUUUAAGGUCAGUGACAUGCACCAGAUAGAGCAACAUGUAUAUGUGUUAUUGGCUCUUCUCCCAAAUUUUAAUUUACUGAAAAGUCAGACAAAAACCAUAUUAAACCUUCAACACCAGUUCUGUGUUGCUGUGUGUUGUAGGAGUGGGUGGCAAAAUGCAACAUGUACCAUAACACUGAUUGGAUAUGCGCUUUGCUUUUGGAAAUUUGCCACUACGAACUAUUAUAUACUAUUGUAUAAAUGUACAAGUCAAUAUAGAAAAUUAACUCCUGUACAAGUUGUAUUAAAUAAGAGUUGUAAGAGAGCAGAGAGAGACAAUGGCA